GCGGACCCGCCCGCUCCGCCCGCCGCGCUGAGCUGAGCCGAGUGGAGCGGCCCGGGCUGGGCGCGACCCCGGCCAGCGGCGACGCAGAAAGCCGGCGGAGGCGCGGGCCAUGAUGCGGCUAGCGCUCGCCGGGGCCAGAGCCAUCGUGGACAUGUCCUACGCCCGCCACUUCCUGGACUUCCAGGGUUCGGCCAUCCCACGCGCCAUGCAGAAGCUAGUGGUGACCCGGCUGAGCCCCAACUUCCGCGAGGCCGUCACCUUGCGCCGCGACUGCCCGGUGCCACUCCCCGGGGACGGAGACCUCCUCGUCCGGAACCGAUUUGUUGGUAUUAAUGCAUCUGACAUCAACUAUUCAGCUGGCCGAUAUGACCCUUCAGUCAAGAUCCCCUUUGACGUGGGUUUCGAAGGUGUUGGAGAGGUGGUGGCCUUAGGCCUCUCCGCCAGCGCCAAAUACUCAGUUGGCCAAGCUGUGGCUUACAUGGCACCUGGCUCUUUCGCCGAGUACACGGUGGUGCCUGCCAGGAUGGCCAUUCCAGUGCCGUCUGUGAAACCUGAGUAUCUCACCCUCCUGGUAAGUGGUACCACUGCCUACAUCAGCCUGAAAGAGCUGGGAGGACUGUCAGAAGGGAGAAAAGUUCUGGUGACGGCAGCAGCUGGGGGGACUGGCCAGUUUGCCGUCCAGCUGGCAAAGAAGGCCAAGUGCCACGUGAUCGGAACUUGCUCUUCGGAUGAAAAGGCUGCUUUUCUGAAAUCCCUUGGCUGUGAUCGUCCCAUCAACUAUAAUGCCGAGCAGGUGGGCGCCAUCCUCCAGCAGGAGUACCCCCGAGGUGUGGAUGUGGUGUACGAAUCCGUCGGGGGAGCCAUGUUUGAUGUGGCUGUAAAGGCUCUGGCUAUCAAAGGGCGCUUGAUAGUGAUCGGCUUCGUCUCCGGCUACCAGACUCCUACCGGCCUUUCACCUGUGAAAGCGGAAACGUUGCCAGCCACAUUGCUGAAGAAAUCUGCCAGCAUCCAGGGCUUCUUCUUGAACCAUUACCUUCCUGAGUAUCAAGCCGCCAUGGACCACUUGCUUAAGAUGUACGCGGGUGGAGAGCUGGUUUGUGAGGUUGAUCUCGGACACCUGUCUGCAGAGGGCAGGUUUAUAGGCCUGGAGUCUGUAUUCCGGGCUGUCGAUUACAUGUACACAAGAAAAAACACUGGAAAAAUUGUAGUCGAAUUACCUCACUCUGUCAACAGUAAGCUGUAAAAACAAAACACUGGCAUAAAUAAAAGGAGAAAAAAAUGGGCAUUUUAUGCCCCAGACUUA